UGACACUGUUCUGACUGAGCAUGAGCAGUCGCCAUUGUUUGGGCUACAGAUUAGCCUAGUGCUGUCAGGCGCUCUUCGUACAGAACUGUUUAAUUGACUCGUACAUUAGUUACAUUUAGGAAAAGUUAGGUUAAACUAGUAGUCAUCGCUACUGUAUGACUCAUUAGGUGGAGAGAUCGACACAGAAGAAUGUCUGAUCAGAGGAGUGGAUAUCAGCAGUUGACUAAUGAUGAGGAGUCUGCGGAGGUGUUUCAACAAGCGGCUGAUGCACCUCCACCAUACAGCAGCCUUGGAGCGAGCAACGCAGCUUUCUUCGAGUAUAAGGAGGAUGAGGUUUACCCCAAACCACCCUCAUACAAUGUUGCCACAUCCCUGCCAUCCUACGACGAGGCUGAGAGGAGCAAAGCAGAGGCCACUGUUCCACUUGUCACUGACAGGGAGGAGGACUUCAUUGCCAGGGACAGCUUUGAUGACUCGGAUCAGCUGCGGGUUGGGAAUGAUGGGAUAUUCAUGCUGACUUUUUUCAUGGCGUUCCUCUUUAACUGGAUUGGCUUCUUCCUGUCCUUCUGUCUGACCACGUCUGCUGCCGGACGUUAUGGGGCAAUCUCUGGGUUUGGACUUUCCCUUGUCAAAUGGGUCCUGAUUGUGAGGUUUUCUACCUACUUCCCUGGAUAUUUUGAUGGCCAGUACUGGCUGUGGUGGGUUUUCCUUGUUGUAGGAUUCUUGCUGUUCUUCCGGGGAUUCGUCAAUUACUCAAGAGUUCGCAACAUGGCUGACCACUCCAUGUCCACCCUUCCUCGCACCAGAGUUCUUUUUAUCUAUUAGAUUACAGAUCUCAGGAUAAUUGCAAAAUGAACAAAACAAGAGCCGCCUACAGCUUUUUUCAGUCUUCAAGACAAAGAAGAGAACAUCUGCUUCUGACGCCUUUGCAUUUUAUUUAUUUAGUUUGAAGGAUUGGAGUUCCUCCAGCCGUUUAUCAGUGCUUGAUUCAUACAGUCAGCAUUCAUUAUGCAGUAAGAACUUACAUUUGCAAUUUAAGUUCCAAUUAGCGGCGAUGCCAUCAGAGAAUCUGUUUUCAUCCAAAUUGUCAGUCACGGUUUGUUCUUUUAAUUUGUGGGAAAGUUGUAAUUUUACUUUGUGAGUAAAUCUAGUAACUGAACUUUUUUUUGUCAAUUAGAAAAAGAGUAUGUAUAUACAGUACACAAAAAGAGUGAUAUCAAAUGUUACCAAUGCACCUUUAACAACAACAACAAGAUGCACAGAGCAACUGGCGGGUCCUUGAAAAGCCAAAAUCAUAUUAGCGCACAGUUUAUUUAAGAUGACGUAAACCUGUUUGGAAUUAGCUUCACAAAAAGGACCAAAAUAACCACAUUGAUUAUAAAGAAAGGCUAGAUUUAGAGCAGUUUAAUAUAUACCGCUAACCGAUUGAGCAUUCAAGCACACCGGAAUAUGUAAUGCGCUUAAUCUGGCGUGAAGAAUCGAAUAUAUUAUGAUGCCAAAUGUAGCGUUGAUCUUUUUAUUUUUAUCGAAGACUUCAGUAUGAGAUAGUGCUUCACGUUGUGUUGUUUGUGAUUUGUAUGUUUUACACUUGUCAAGUAACUUUUAAUAAAUGUAACAUCUAUGGCAACAA